AUGGGCAGGAAACAAGGAGCCGGUCACCGGGUGUCUGCCAUCACUGUAGCACUAGCCAUACUGGUGGUGCUAUCGUUGUCAGAUUUGUCCGCACUUUCCUGGACAGCAAGACCAAAAUGGUCUCCUACCAACACAGCCUACCCGCCGGACAAGGACCAGAAGAAGGAAGCCAAGGAGUUUAACUGGGCAGAUAUCACACCCGGUCCAUCACCGAUUCAAUGGCACCCAUGCUACGACGACGAACUUGACUGCGCGCGACUCGAUCUCCCCAUGGACUGGCAGCAACCAGAAGUAACUAAUGGCUCUGCUUCAGAACGGCGCGUCAACUUAGCCAUCGUCCGUCUCCGAGCUGCCGUGCCCUCACACAGCCCCGACUACCGAGGGCCUGUCGUCUUCAACCCCGGUGGACCAGGAGGGUCGGGGAUUUGGUCACUCCGCGACCACGGGCGAAACCUGCAAACUAUCGUGGGCACCAACCACGAUAUUGUCAGUUGGGAUAUACGGGGUGUCGGUGCCUCAACGCCGCGGAUUAACUGUUGGGCUUCCAUACAGGAUCGUGUUUACUGGGAUUUGCAGGACCCAGGUGUCGUGGAUGCCCAUGAAGGGACCGUGUUCGAAGCCUUUGCUCGGGCGGCUGCGUACUCGCAGGUUUGCGAGCGAAAUCUCGAAGAGUCGGGGAUUUUGGAGCAUAGCAGUACCGCGUACCAUGCUAGGGAUAUGCUCGCGAUUCUUGAAGCUAUGGGGGAAGAGAAGCUGAAGUACUGGGGGUUCAGCUAUGGGACGGUGCUGGGUGGGACAUUUGCUGCUAUGUAUCCGGACAGGGUCGAGAGGAUGGUUAAUGAUGGCAACGUCGACUACGAGGACUGGUACAACGGCACAUAUAUCAACUUCCUACACGAUACCGACAAAGUGAUGCAGGCCUUUUACACCUUCUGUCAUUCCGCUGGUCCUGAUCGCUGUGCCUUUUACGCCUCCUCCCCCAACGCAAUCAAGUCGCGUCUCGACACCCUACUCACCAAGCUCCGAACGCACCCCAUUCUUAUCCCUCAGGGCCAGCUCCCAUCUCCCUCUGGAACCCCAUCCAACCCGUCAUCUCCAUCUCUAGCUUCAACCAAACCUUAUCACGUCCCUCAACUAGUAACCUACUCCCACAUCCGCCGCAUGCUUUCCACAGCCCUCUACCAACCGAUCCUCCGCUUUCCUCACAUAGCCCGUGUCCUAUCGAGUCUCGAAGCCGGCGAUGCCCUCCCCUACCACCAAUACACCCUCUCCGACUAUCCACCACCGGCUCCCUCCUCUCCGACCACCUGCGAAGCCGACGACCAAGACGACACACCUCCUCUCACUUUCAUCCCCAAAGAAGAAGCAGGUAACCCCGACGUUUUCCCAGCAGUCAUGUGUUCCGACGCCUUACCUUUUACCUCCACCCCUCACGACUUCGCUCUCUAUGCCCAAAAGCUACUGAAUAUUUCCCAGGCAGCUGGGGCAGUGCAAGCUUCUGUUCGGCUGUUGUGCGCCGGGCGGACUGUCCGGCCUCGCUGGGAGCCGUUUAAUUCUUCUUUGUUGUUCAAGGAUGUACAGACAGCUCACCCAGUGUUGUUUGUCAGCAAUGAGUUUGACAAUGUUACGCCAUUGAUCAGUGCAAGGAAGAAUGCCAGGGGGUUCAAGGGGGCCAGGGUGGUGGUGCAGAGAGGGAGUUGGGGGCAUACGAGUCUGGCGGCGCCGUCGGUUUGUAUGGCGAAGGUGAUUAGAAGGUAUUUCUUGAGUGGAGAGAUGCCGGGGGAGGAAAACGGCGGGGUGGAGUGCUGGGGCGAUGUGGUGCCAUUUGAGGAGGUUUAUGAGGAUGCUGAGGGUCAGAGGAGUGAUAAAGAUGGUGAUGAGGAUGAGGAGUUGAGAGGGGCGUUGUGGAGGCUGUCGACGAGGAGGAGGAGGAGGGGAUCUGGGGGGUAAUGAGCAGGGGCUUGCGAUGGAAUGCAAAGGAUGUGGCCUUGGGACCAAGUCAACAAGACUAUGACAUUCAAGUUGGGAUGAAAAGUUUAGAGCCUAGUACAUGUAGGAUCCACAGUAAAGCUGUAGAAGUAAAGACAUCGGGAGCUAC